AUAUCUCUGUUUGUUUCGUGAACAACAUGAAGAAAUGGAGCUACGAUGCUUCCAAUACUAGUCAGUCGAGUCCAGAACAGGCAUGAUAGUGGGCUUCUUGCAGCCUUGCAUCCAUCCCAUUCCCAUUACCACCGGAAAAUGGAGUUGAGUUUUGCUGCUUUGCCUCGAUCUGGGUCGCUCAAACUCGAUGGAACGGUGCCAAUAAGCCUGCGGCCCGGCCCCUCGCCGGAAACAGCCUCGUCGGCGACGGCGCCGCCUCACACCGUCACAGUCAGUCACACGGCUUCUCGCACCACGUGCUACACCUACCCGUUCUCCACUCCACCCCACCCGCCCGAAGCUCCACAAACUAGCCUUUGCUCCUCUCCCCUCCCUCCUCCUCCUAGGGUUAGCAAGCUUGAUCUCCUAGGCCUGCGCUGCGCGACUGCGCCCGCCCGCUGACCGCACCGGCGCCGAGAUGCUAGCCACGGCUGCGGCGGCGCUGCGGCCGGUGCCCCUCCGCCGCCCCGGCGCUCUCCUCCGCGCUCCGGUGCCCCGCAGCCUGCUCGACUCCCGCGGCGCGGCGCCAUUCCCCCGCCGCACAGCUUCCCUAAAGAUUUCUCAACUCCAGUUGACAGCUGCACGAUUUUCAAAAGAGAGUGACUCUGCUGAGGAUGAUGAGCUCCUUUCUGAACUAAGGGAAAAGUGGGAUGCCAUGGAGAACAAGCCCUCUCUUCUCUUGUAUGGUGGUGGAGCAAUCUUUGCUCUGUGGAUAUCCUUUGUCGUGCUCCCAGGCUUACUGGAGCUAGUCGGGCUCGGCUACUCGGGAUGGUUUGUGUACCGGUACCUACUCUUUCAGGAAAAUCGGAAAGAAUUGGCCAAUAACUUUGAUGCUCUAAAGAAAAGGAUUACUGGUGAUGAUGAAUAGCUGUAUCCUGGUUUGGGAUUCUAUUUCCCUGGCGCAACCUUGUAAGCUUCUAUUAUUAAUGCCAGUCCAUUUAGGAAUAUUCCAGAAAUAUUCAGAGCUAUUGAGGUAUGGCCUUCCACGCCUUCUGUGCAAAUCUGCGUUUCAGCAUGGUGUUUGUUGAAUCCUCUGAUUCCUGAAGAUGCAUCUCUACAUUUCUAGCCGCCCUGAAAUUCUUGUGGUUCCCCAAUUCUACCACCGUGGUUCUUGUCACAAAUUCUCUGUGCUGCCCUCAUCGGAAGUUAGCCGUCAGAAUGUACAAUUGUGAGGUGUAAAAAUUAUUUGGAAUAAAACCACUUGGUCAAACAUGACGCACCUUAUAUUGCUAAUUGAGUGAUCACCAAUUUUCCAGCA